GCAUUUGAUCCCUAAUUGCAUUUUACCCGCAAAUACCCAACACACAAAACACAUCACAGACUACCACUAACUAAAGCCCUUAUUAUUACAGGAAAUCCAAUCCUUCCCAAUGGACAUGGGACUGCAUCAACCAGCGUUGCGAAAGGCGAUACAUAAAAGAAACCCAAAAGCCCGUUUCACUAGCAACAUGCAGCAUGUUGUGUGGUUCUACGCAGCUCUGGCCUCAGCCCACUGGCCCCGUCACUUUAGGUAGCAAAGCCCUUACGUUUAAUCAUAAUCAUUUUAAAUUUGAAAGCGACGUCGCAGAGCCAGCGAAAGUGCUGCUGCAAGAAGCCUUUGCUUUAUUCAAUGAUAACGUAAUUAGCUUAGUAGAACGAUCAGAUUAUGUUAAAGAAAAAGCGGAUUUGACGGAAUUUCUUAUAAAAGUGAAUAUAGGAGACGCCAAAAUCACAAAAUUAACUCUACAGACAGAUGAAAGCUAUACUUUAGUUGUUAAACCUUUAGAUAGUACGAUAAGUGCUAAUAUUACAGCUAAAACCUUUUUCGGAGCUAGAAGUGCUUUAGAAACGCUCUCGCAACUAAUUUGGUGGGAUCCUUAUAGCAACGAGGGUAUGUUAAAAGUUAUAAAAGGCGCUACCGUAAAGGACAAGCCGACUUUUUCCUAUAGAGGACUUAUGGUGGACACAUCACGUAACUUUAUGUCUAUUGACAGUCUUAGAAGGGUUCUCGAAGGAAUGGCUGCCAGUAAACUGAAUGUAUUCCAUUGGCACGUUACAGAUAGCCAAAGCUUUCCACUGGAAGCACCAAGUGUACCUUUAUUAUCAAAAACUGGUUCUUACUCGCCGGAAAUGACGUAUAGUCCUGCAGAAGUGAAAGAUCUGGUACACUUUGCUAGGGUGAGAGGAAUAAGAGUGAUCUUAGAAGUUGAUACACCCGCGCAUGUUGGAAACGGCUGGGCUUGGGGACCAACUAAAGGACUAGGUGAACUAGCAGUAUGUAUCAACGAACGACCCUGGAGCCUGUAUUGUGGCGAACCACCAUGCGGCCAACUCAAUCCUGACAACCCUCAUGUUUACGAAAUCCUCGAGAAGCUCUACAAAGAUCUUUUAGAUUUAAGCGACGAAAACGAAAUAUUUCAUAUAGGAGGAGAUGAAGUGAAUUUAGAGUGUUGGUCCCAACACUUACAAAAAUCCAGUACUGUGUACAACUUCACUGACCUCCACGACUUGUGGGGAGAGUUUACUGUCAAAGCUAUGAAUAAGCUGACUGCAGCUAACGCUGGAAAGCAAAUACCACACGUUAUAAUCUGGUCUAGUAAGCUUACUAAGCGACCUUAUAUUACUAAGUAUUUAAAUAAGUCACAGAUCGUCGUGCAGAGUUGGGGAGCUAGUCAGUGGUCGGAUACGCCUGAUCUUCUAUCUGAUGGCUAUAAGAUUAUAAUCUCCCAUGUGGAUGCUUGGUAUUUAGAUUGUGGGUUUGGCCGAUGGCGGGAAACAGGCGAAGCUGCAUGUGACCCCUAUCGUCCUUGGCAAACUGUUUAUAAUCAUCGGCCCUGGCAGCAGCAGUACGUUAACAAGAAGCUUAUCCUAGGAGGCGAAGCUUGUCUUUGGAGCGAGCAAUUCGACGAAGGUUCUUUGGAUGCAAGGCUCUGGCCUCGAGCAGCCGCCUUUGCUGAAAGAAUGUGGAGUGACCCACAGAUUGACCUCACUACACUGAACAUACAAGAGGAUGUUUAUACUAGAUUAAAUACUCACAGAGAUAGAUUGGUUAAAAGAGGUCUCCGAGCUGAGGCCUUGUGGCCAGAAUGGUGCGUUCAGAAUCCCGGCAUGUGCCUUUGA